UGUAAAGCGGAUAAGUCGCUUCCGAGCGGUUAAUAAUAUUUGUACCGCAACACAAAAUCAGUGGAAUAUAAAUGCAACGUAAUGAUGUGAAAUUCGAUAUACAAACAAAAACCAACAGCAGCAGAAUCAAUUCAACUUAAAUAUUAUUGCGCACAGAAAAUCAGUUUAGUAAUUGAAAACCUUGCCAUUUUACUGUCGGCUGGAAACAGUUAUCGCUUUAAAUGUGAUAUAAAUUUAAAAAAAAACUAAUAUACCCCAAAACCUGAGGUAUACGGUUAGAAGUCUAAUCUGGAACAAAUUUGCAUAACAAAAUCAGAUUGAAUAGCCAAUUUGCCAUGCAAAUAUUGGAAAAGUAAUCUAUUGAUAAGCUGCCGUUGGCGGUUAAAUUUUGAAUUUGGAAAGCUAAGCGGCAAAUAAAAUUCGCGAGAGCAUAAAAGCUUUGGAAACAGCCCCUGAAAUCAGAGGAAACAACAUAUUUAACAGCGCGGGAGAGAAGGCGAGUGCGCAGAGUAAAAAUGAGCGCCACAGAGGCACACACCGGAAAUGCCAGACGAAACAGUCGGACUAGCGAAAACAGUGGGAACAGCGCUUCCGGAGAUGUUGACGAGCAGCGGGAAGAGGGCGGCGCUAGGCGCACCUUCUGGCAGUGGGCGUGGCAUGUGGUCAAAUCGAUUUCCGUGGAGCCCACAAUGUUCCUGUACAUGUUCGCCUUCAUGAUCACCUCGGUGGUGGAGCAGAACUUCUUCCUGUACAAGUCCUGCAGGGUGAACAAGAACUUUACCGAGGAGAUCUGCCGGAAUCUCAACAAGCCGGAGAACAAGGAGUUCAAGGACGAAGCGCUGUUGACCAACGCCUGGUUCCUUCAGUGGGAGAACAUCUCCGCCCACGUUUUCCCCAUUAUUUUGGCCCUUUUCCUGGGCUCAUUCUCCGAUCGUCGGGGCCGUAAGUUACCCCUGCUCAUGGGACUGGUGGGCAAGUUCAUCUACUCCUCGAUGAUCGUGGUCAAUGCCAGGAUGCCGACGUGGCCGGUGCAGAACAUCAUUUACUCGGCCACCUUGCCUUCGGCCUUGACCGGUGCGGAUGUGGCCAUUUUCGCCUCCUGCUUCGCCUACAUCUCGGACAUUUCCACGCUGCAGCAGCGCACCAUCCGGGUGACCAUUCUGGACGUGAUCUACCUCAGUGCCAUGCCCCUGGGCGUGGCCCUGGGAUCCCAUCUCUUCUACAAUGUCUUCGAUCAGUCCUACGCGGACAUGUUCACCGUGAACGCCUCGCUGCUCUUCCUGGCCAUCAUCUACUCUCUGUGCGCCCUGAAGUGGCAAACGACGCCCAGACAGCGUUCGUUGAGGGAGCUCGGAUGCUGUGGUUUCUGGGGCGACUUUUUCGACAAGCAGCACGUGAAGGACUCGUUGGCGGUUCUGGUAAAAUCGCGAAGGGGCCACAGGCGCAGCUUCCUCAUCAUCCUGCUAAUCAGCAUGGCCCUGUACACCUUCCAGCGGGACGAGGGCCAGUACCUGUACAUGUACACCCUGGACAAGUUCGACUGGGAUGUGAGUGCGUACAGCAACUUCAAGACCUUCAAGUCGUCAGCCUACGUGAUUGCCAUGCUGGUGGCUGUGCCGCUGAUGAAUAAGGUCCUCGGUUGGAGGGAUACGACCAUCGUCUUUAUUGGCACCUGGGCCCAUUCGAUAGCCCGAUUGUUCUUCUAUUUUGCCACCAAUACGGAUUUACUAUAUGCCGGAGCCGUGGUCUGUAGCUUGGGUCCCAUUGUGGGACCCAUGAUCCGGGCCAUGACCUCGAAAAUUGUGCCCAUAUCGGAGCGUGGAAAAGUGUUUGCCCUGCUCUCCGUUUGCGAUAAUGCGGUGCCCUUUAUCAGUGGAGUGUGCUAUUCGCAACUCUAUCGGGGCACCAAAAAAACCAAUUACGGCGGCAAUGUCUUUAUGCUAACUAUUGCCACUCAGAUAGCCGUCUUUGUGAUGAUACUUUGCAUUCACAUUGUGUUGGGCAAGAACUCACUGGCCGUUCCAGAAGUUCCCGAGAAGGAGAGUGGACUUAUUGGUCCAAAGGAGGCCGUCUUGGUGGCGCCAACUGAAGAGGACAAAAGUUAGCCAGGCUUUUGCAUAUUACAUUUUAUGAUUCCUAUAAAAAAAAAGACAUGAAUCCAUUGAAGGCAGCUAUUGCAUUGAAAAUGUGGCCAUUGGAUAUCAAUCCCAUUAACUUAUCAUUAAUAAAAAAAUAUAUAUUUUCA